AAUGAAAUCAUUUUAUCUCUAAAAACCAACUUAAGUGAGGGGUAAUUCAGAGCCAAAGAAGUAGGAAAAAACAUAAAGUAACCUGAAAAUGUCAAUGUCCUAAAAGAUGCAUGAAACCUAGACGAAAUGGAAUGGACUGAUAGCUAGAACAGUCACUCUCGAAUAAAACCUUUUAAGAUUGCGUGACUCAGUUAAUUAAACAUUAAGAGGAGGAAGUAAAGAAUCAACAUCUUCAAAAUCUACAGCCGAAUAAUUACAUAAGCCACCAACAUUAGUGAAUAUGACUAGUAGGAUAGCAUCACCAAUGCUAAAAAAGGUUUCUCCGUAAGAUUGUAUGACAAUGUCAAGAAUAUAAACAUACAAAACAGUAUAAUCUUGGUUUCCCAAAUCGAGGUUCCAAACAUUUGAAGGGAUUCCACAAUUUAGAAUCGGCAAAUUGUUAGGAAGGGGACAAUUUUCAGAUGUUCAUUUGUGCAUGUACUAUGAGAUAUAACAUAAGUGAUAAAUUGAGUGGUACAAUCUUUGCUUUAAAAGUGAUAAAGAAAGAGAAGAUAUAAGAUGAAUAGUUAUAGAAAUAAGUGAUCCAAGAAAUCAAAGUAUAGAUGAAACUUAAUCAUCCAAACAUAGUUAAGUUGUAUAAUUGCUACUCUGAUGAAUUGAAUUUGUACUUGUUGAUGGAAUAUUGUAAUGAAGGUGAACUGUUCAAAGUUCAAAGAAAAUAACCUGGAUAUAAGUUCCCAGAAGUAAAUGUGCCUUCAAUACUUAGAACAAAGCAUCUUAUUAUAUACACUAAAUACUACAAUGUAUAUAGUAUAUGCAUUAAAACAAAGUUAUGCAUCGAGAUUUGAAGACAGAGAAUAUCAUGUUAUCAUUUAAUCAGAUAAAAAUUGGAGAUUUUGGUUGUGUUUGUUCUAAUCAAGACAGAAGAGAAACCUUUUGUGGAACAAUUGAGUUCAUGGCACCUGAAGUAAUUUAGAUGAAGGGUUAUGAUUCAAGGGUGGAUGCAUGGCAAAUAGCAGUUCUUGCAUAUGAAUUAGUGUAUGGAUAAACUCCAUUCGUUCUGUUAGGAAAUAAAGAUUAGAAAGGAAUAAUGGAUAACAUCCUUAAAGUAAUUACUUUAAUUAUCUUUUAUUUAGCAUCGUUUAACUAUUCCUCACACUUUUUCAUCUGAAUUAACUUUCUUUGUUAAAGGGGGUCUUCAAUCUGAUCCUAAUAAAAGAUUAUCUAUUGAAUAAAUGUUAAAGCAUCCUUGGAUAACAAAACACAAAUUACCUUAAACUAAAUGUGAAUACAAUAUCUGACAAUAUAAAUAAUUAAUCAUAAUUCCAU